AUGAAGACAUUCAUUCUACUCCUUCUACCCCCUGUUUGGGCCACUUCCCCUCCAGAUCCCACAGACUUUAGUUGGGUGAAGCGCUGGGCGGCAGUGGGCGACAGCUUCACAGCUGGCAUCGGGUCUGGGGUCCCCCUGGGCAAUUUCUUUAACAACGCCCCCUCCUCUAACUGGUACUGUUCGCGAUACGAUACGGCGUACCCUAUGAUCAUGAACGAUGCGUUUGGUGCCUCAGUAGAAGACUUUCAAUAUCUUGCCUGCAGCGGGGACCGAACCGGAGGCAUUUAUAACCAGAUCAAGGCGCUCGAAGAAGGCUUGGACCUGGUAGUCUUCACAGCAGGAGGAAACGAUCUCUGCCUGUCAUCUAUGAUUAAAGAGUGCGUGUUUCUGCCAUUCGACGGAGAGGCUGCCUGCACCAAGGUCAUCAAUAUCGCCCAGAACAACCUCAACACCAUCCUCAAGCCCAAUCUACAACAGCUUCUCGAUGCCCUUGACAAAAAGAUGAACAAGGGCAGUGUUGUUAUUAUCGUCGGCUACGCACAGUUCUUCAACACGCAAGAUGAAGCCUGCUCCACCGAUCAAGACUGGACAUUGAUCAACUUCUGGGGCCAAGAGGGAUUACCCCUAACGAUAUCACGGCGCAAAACCUUCAACGAUCUCGUCGUGCAGAUCAACAACGUGCUCGAGGGUGUAGUGGAUGAGGCAAAUCUCAAGGGCACCUAUAAUUCCCGCAUCGGCUUUGCCAAUUGGGACCCCUGGCCACAGGUGGGUGUACAGGGCCAGUUCUGCGAUCCGUCCUCCUCUGGCCAGUAUCCAGACCCUGAGCAGCCGGAUUUGCAAUUUUUCAAAUUUUCCACCGAUUACGAGAAUGUUGACCACGAUGAACUGGACGAAGUAGGCCCAUCCAACGACAGUCUCACGCAGUGGCAACGGUAUAGCCGCUCAUUAGACGAGACGAUACAAGCAAAGGCUGAGCAUGAAAUGACAUUGCCCAUCUACAAGAGCAAAGCCUGGCAGCCCAAAGGCAACGCAAAGUUUCCCUCCCGGGCCUAUUGCCCGGGAGAUGCGGACGUCGACGUCCAACCCCCGAGCAUUGGGCUUCCCGACUUUAUUGGGAAGAACUUCCACCCAAAUGAGCAGGGCCACUACACGAUUGCAUCGUUUGCGCUGCAGACCAUCAUCGAUGUGCGCGCACAGGUUCUAGGCGAGGUGGCCCCUGAAUGUGAACCCACCGACAAGUUCACCUGCUGGGGAAACGCCACGCAGGCGUACGUCUCUGAGAAGCGACUGAAUGCCAACUAUGAGGACUUUUGCCGCGGUGUCGCUCGGCCGACGGGGCAGAGUGGUUGGUCCUACUCAAAGACGUAUGACCAUGGCACCCCUGAUGAGGUGCAGUUUCUUAUCUCCCUAAACAUCACUAGCACCAACUACGACCAGAACGAGUGUAUCGAGAGUAUGGAACGCAUUAUCAACGGAUGCGAUGGCAACGACCCGAACAAUCCCAUGGACUGGAAGUUUGGUGGGCAAUGGAUCCGCGGUGAUUAUACGUACCAGGUCAAUCCGAUCAACACCCAGCGGGCCUGGCCCAUCCCGCAGUCCGCCACAGGAACGUGUGAGGGAUGGUAUCAUCUCCUCUUCACCUCGUAUGAGAUUCAGGGGGCAGGCUGGGCGAGCUACAACUACGGUCAGGACUCACUGCUCUCCAGCGCCAGGAGCUGUGUGGGCAGUGGCGGGAUCACGAACUGGAAGUUUGACUACUACGACAAGCCGACCAAGGACGGGUAUGAGUGGAAAGCGACCUUCAACACACCUAUCUGGGUGCGGCGAAGAUGCUUCGAUAAUAACAAAGUCCAACUUGGUGCAGGUGGCUUUACAAACGGCUGUGCUGGGAAUGAUUGA